AUGAUGGCGGGGCGCAGAUCGUGGCCUGCCAUGGCCACAGUGCUACUGACCCUGCUCGUCUGCCUGGGGGAGCUGGUCGACGCCUACCCCGCCAAACCCCAAGCUCCGGGAGAGCACGCCUCGCCAGAUGAGCUGAACCGCUACUACACCUCGCUGCGCCACUACCUCAACCUGGUCACUCGGCAACGGUUUGGGAAACGAGACUUCUCAGAAGCUCUUCUGUCUACACUGCUCUUUCCAGAUAGCGAGGACCUGCCGGUCAAGUCGCGGCCAGAAGGAGCCUACCUGUGGUGA